AUGGUCAAAGCAGCUUCCAAUGCCUUCUUUGAAGGUGUCUACCCUGUGCGUGCUCAUGUCUGGGGUAUGGACAAGGGAAUAACAGUGGAACGGAACAGCAAACCGGUUUUGACUCGCAGAAAAUUUGGUUUUCGUGUGCACCAGGAAGCGAACAUUUCCACUGCCUACACCAGCUCUGAUGCCUAUCCAUGGAAACUCAUAAGAGCAUCGACUAACCGACUUGAGGUCCUCCGACUAAAUGAACCUCAGGCCUUCGGAGUCGCGACCCUAACCAUGAGUAAAAAUGGCCUAGUCCAGGAGGGAGGAAUUGGAACUUUCUAUGUUACACUCAAGCCAUUCGCCGACUCUCUUUCCAACUACGUGCUGGAAUGUAAUGCUGAAGAACUCACCUCAAACCGAUUGCUGUCCAGUAGACUUAGGUUCCGUUAUUCGAUUGGUUUCAACCUCGCUUACCCAAACGUCUACAACAACCGCGGCGAGUGUUCAGGGAAUAGGGUCAAUUUCGGCAAGGUGCUUAGUCCUUAUCCUCAACAAAGCGGUGACCUACUCUUAGCCGAAUUCUUCAUUCUCGCCGACAUUUCAUCAAUGUAUCAGGGAAGCGUGAACUGUGAGCUGAAAAUAGACAAUGUCAUUUCAAGAAGGUUCAACACAAUAUUUUUUUCUACGCCGACUACCGUUCCACUGGUGACACCCCUCAGCAGACCACUUCUUCCGGGAGAGGUAGCUCUGAUUGAGUUUGAGUUCACCGUGCCACCAAACACAGCCGUGAACGCAAAGCCUUCCAUUGAGAUCGCGAGUGGUGGUGAUGCCACACUUGAUUCCCCGCACAUUCGCGCUGUCGGCGACAGCGUCUAUUGGGGCGACAACUACCAAAAUUGCAUAGCAGCUGAUGCCAAACACCCACGUCCAGUUAGUAAGUACACUUUCAAUAUGGGAACCCUCCUGGCCAAGGACGAAGUCAGCUCAAAGGUCACCGUGGCUUCCUACAUGCGAGUGAAGUUUACGACCAAUCCCACACCGGUGAUAACUGUGAAGGCAAGCCUAAAACAUGACACCCUGACAAAGGUUAUUGCAGUUUCAAGCACAUCCAACAUCAGUCUUGGGCGGCCAUUUGCCACAAAUGACAUUUCGUUGUCACUCGCGGGACCGAAUGUCAUCAAAAUGAUGCCCAAAGAAUGGACGGAUCUCAGAUUGCGCUUCUGUGCAGAACCCAAGGUGUACCUCAACGACUUGCAAUUCGAAGCCUACUCAGAAAACGAUACUUACGAGGAGGAAGUUCUCACAGUGAAUCACUUGUGGUUUAGCGCUUCAGCGAACUACCCAGGCAUUAAUUAUGCCCCACCAGUGGUCAUGUUGCAUAAAAGAAAGCCAAGUGGUCAAGUAUGGCGACGAAGUAUGACCUUCGGACCUGUGUUGAACUCAGGCCACGCUUACUGGGAGGAUCUACGGAAGCCAGAACGAGACGCUGAUUGUAUCACCUUAGGAGUGCGAAUCCAGCUAACAAGUGGCCGAGGAGCAGUCGAUGGCAGCAGAUAUGGAGUUGUCGUGAAGGUCGUCGCAGAUGCUAUGGUCACUUUAACCGACAGAGUGGACAUCGCAGUGCGCGAGGCACACAACCCAUUCCUCGACGUGGACCUGGGAUUGAUCAGCCAACCCUCGAUGAAUGUGUGGGUUACUUUUGGUUCUUUUUGCAAUUGCAUUUACGAGAACCACCAAUUAUCACCGUACGCUGUGGCCAAGUGUGUCCUGAUAUUAAGCACUCAGUUCCCACGAUGGGGCUUGAAUGAACUCCAACAAUAUGACCUCAUCCUUAAACCGUCUUGUGAGGUCAACGAACGUGUCUGCCGGAAUAUGAAGUUGCUAAAAUUUGAAGACUCGCAGGAAGACAGGGAGCUGGCUUUUGUUGACGCUACUUGUGUUGAGGAAAGCCAGCUUGCAGCAAUCGACGGUAGUCAACUUACUCAAGGCGGCAUUUACUUUGGCGUGAGCGGAGUCAUCAGACUAGUUCUCAAGCAGCUGCCAAACGUGAAGGUAGACAACCACGUUGACGUUGAUGUGGACGGCAUUUUGAAGUGUCGCACGUACAGACGACAGCGGAAUAGCCACGACCCCAUCUUCAAUCCGCCAAUCUACUUCAGUCAGAAGCUGCGACUUGUUGCCGCUGCAGGUGAACAUCUCAAUGAUCACGGCUACUUGAGACUCAAGCCGUGCCAAGUGAGGGUGUUUGGUGUGCCUGGUGACUUCGAGGACGUUCUCCUCCAUUCUGACCCCACCAGGUACUGGACAACCCACGCUAGAGGUGGUUACUACAACGCUUUUCGCACCGUGACCGUUCUCUUCGGACGAGUGGCACACAUCAUAGAAAUUAGUGUAAAACUCAAUAAGAAUGGAAAUGAGCCUCGUUCGAUGGUUCUCGAUGGGACGCGAGACGGCAAAUCAUUCCACUUCCUCCGUAAG